GACUGUAUAGCGCGAACACAGCGCGUCGUUCCCUGACACCAGACAUCACCCCUCCCAGGACGUGGCCCUUAGCACCGCGUCAAACUAUCCCCCCUCCUUGUCUCCCUCUCCCUCCCUCCUCCUUUCUUCGCUAUGGCAGGAUACUCGAACGGCAACGGCGUGACGUCGCCUAUUGGCAGCAUGAGCAGGCGCAUGACUGGCAAGAACGCGAAUCGCUAUAGCGUGAGCGCGAUGUACAGUAUGGCGGCCGAGCAAGAUACAGAGCUGGAGGACGACCUAUCUCGAGCCCAAAAACGCCUGCGUGAACUGAAAAGUCGGAUCUCUGCGGUAUCCAAGAAGAAUUUCGUGCUGGAACGCGAUGUUCGGUAUUUAGACCAGCGGAUUUCGUUACUCAUCCAGAACAAAAUGGCAUUGGAGGAGCGACGAGAUAUCGAAACACGCCUUGAUGACGUCGAAGAAGAGGAGGGUCAUUACCCCGACGAGCGGAAAUUAACACUCUACUCCAAUCUUUUCUUCCUCUUACAACACGAACCUCGACAUAUCGCCCUUCUAUGUCGUCUGAUAUCCCUAAGCCAAGUGGACUCUUUACUCCAAACUGUGAUGUUUACACUCUAUGGUAAUCAGUAUGAGAGCCGUGAAGAGCAUCUCCUCCUUACUAUGUUCCAAAUUGUAUUGUCCCACCAGUUCGACACGUCCACCGAUUUCGGUAACCUCCUGCGCGCUAACACGCCCGUCUCACGAAUGAUGACGACCUAUACCCGCCGUGGACCCGGCCAAAGCUACCUCAAGAGUGUAUUGGCAGAGCGAAUCAACAGUUUGAUCGAGCAUCGCGAGCUCAACCUCGAGAUCAACCCGGUUAAGGUGUAUGAACAGAUGGUGUCCCAGUUCGAGGACGAAAACAAUGGCGAACUACCCGAGGGAAUGGCGAAAGUCGUCACGCCCGAGGAAGCGGCUGAGAACCCGGAUGUGCAAGCAAUCAUUGCGCCAAGGCUGACCAUGUUGAUGGAGAUCGCAAACAGCUUCCUACACACUAUUAUCGACAGCUUGGAGACCGUGCCGUAUGGUAUUCGAUGGAUCUGCAAGCAGAUUAAAAGCUUGUCUAAGCGCCGAUUCCCUGAUGCCUCUGACACUGCGAUCUGCUCGUUGAUUGGCGGUUUCUUCUUCCUCCGAUUCAUCAAUCCUGCCGUCGUCACACCUCAGUCGUACAUGCUUGUUGAUGCGACACCAGCCAAGCACCCAAGACGAACGCUCACCUUGAUUGCAAAGAUGUUGCAGAACCUUGCCAACAAGCCGUCCUACGCCAAAGAGCAGUAUAUGAUCACCCUCAAUCCUUUCGUGGAGAAUAACAAGACUCGAAUUAAUCAGUUCUUGAACAAUCUGUGCGAAGUCAGCGACUUCUAUGAUACGCUAGAAAUGGAUCAGUACAUGGCGCUGUCAAAGAAGGAUCUGCAGAUCAAUAUCACUAUCAACGAGAUGUACAAUACGCACGCUCUCCUUGGACAGCACCUGGAUCAAAUGGCGCCAAGCGAAAAGGCGCACCUGCGGAUCCUGCUUGAGGACCUUGGACAGGCGCCGGAUCAGGUAUCACGAAAGGAGAACCGCACCAUGGAGCUGCCGUUGUUCAGCCGAUGGGAGGUGCCGAUCCAGGAUCUGACCACGGCAUUUGCUGGCGAGGGCAAUGUCACACACAGCGAUAUCUUGUACAUGGAGGCCAAGUCUAUCUUCGUCAACCUCAUCCGGUCUAUCCCGGGUUCGAACGACAAGCUCCCGAUCGAUCUAGAGGCUCUGGCGGAGCGAGCAGCGACAACGAAGGAUGCCGCUCUGGUGCGUAAAGGGAUCAAGGUGAAGGAGAUGUUGCGCGAACUUGUCGAGGCCAAUAUCCUUGACCGGGCGGAUGGGUACCGGCUGAUGCAGGAGGAAGUCGCUGCUGAGCUCGUCCACCUUGGCAACCUGCGUGACAAGGUCUUGCUCGAGACGCGGUCGCUGGACGCAGUCUACCGGAAUAUCUCCGACCACAACGACUACCUCAAGCAACAGCUCGAGCAGUACAAAGCGUACCUGCAGAAUGUGCGCAAGAGCUCGGGGAACGACAAGAGUUCGACUGGGGUUGGUGUCAUCACCGUAGGUGGGAAGGAGAAGAAGCCGGCCAAGGCGACCGUCCAGGGACCGUACCGGUUCACGCAUGCUCAGCUGGAGAAGGAGGGCAUUAUCGUUGAGAGCAACGUCCCCGAGGCUCGGAGACCGAACAUCUAUUUCAAUAUCACGAGCCCGUCUCCAGGCGCGUUCAUCAUUGCCCUUCAUUACAAGGGCCGGGAGAAGGCGAUCUUAGAGAUGGACCUCAAGAUCGAUGACUUGCUCGAGAAGCACAAAGACAACAAGAACCUUCUCGACCUGGAAUACGUCCAGUUAAACGUGCCCAAAGUGCUCGCCCUGUUGAACAAAGUGUUCACCCGACGCAAGAACUGAUCCCUCCGUGCCCUGCUCUCUCCCUCUCCUCUCUAAUAUUUAUUCGCCUUGGUCCAGCGGGGAAGUCCGUCUGUCCCCCAUUCCAUUUCUUUCCUUUCCUUUUCUUUCCUUUUCUUUUCGUCACGUUU